CAGACUCACUCAGAUUCUCUGCGUCCUUCCCGCUCCGUAGGAAGGAACCGAGAGUCCAUCCAGCCUGUAUCCUCUUUAUCCAGUGUCCAGUUCCUCAAGUGGCAACAAUCCCCACGCUUCUUCACACAUGUAUAUAUAUGGAACCACUACCUCACUCCCUCCUAAUUCAUCACUACUCCAGCUUCAUCUCUCAUAUAAAUAGCCCUCCCACAUUAUCCACUUCGCUCGCUCAACAGCUUAUCACCCUUGCCCACUGCAGACCUGCUCCAAUGGACCCUUUCUCUUCCUAUUCCGAUCCCAACUCCUACCGCUUCUUCGACCUUGCCGAGCCGUCCUCGCCCUGGUCGCCGCUGUCCGAUGGCAGGAUCGUGGCGGCAGUGGCACUCGGGGGGCACUUUUCCGACGAGGAGGUGCUCCUCCUCGCGUCGCAUCACCCGAAGAAGCGCGCGGGGAGGAAGAAGGUCCAGGAGACGCGCCACCCCGUGUACCGUGGGGUGCGGCGUCGCAGCUCGGGCAAGUGGGUCUGUGAGGUCCGCGAGCCGAAAAAGAAGUCGAGGAUCUGGCUCGGCACGUUUCCCACCGUGGAGAUGGCGGCGAGGGCGCACGACGUGGCAGCACUAGCGCUGAGGGGCAGGUCUGCCUGCCUCAACUUCGCGGACUCCACGUGGAGGCUGCCCGUGCCGGCGUCGUCGGAUGCCAAGGACAUACAGAAGGCGGCGGCCAAGGCCGCAGAGGGGUUCCGGCAGGCAGUGUCCGAGGACGUGAUGUCCGGGGACGAGAAGAAGUUGCGUUCAGAAGAGGGAGUGUCAUAUGACGACGAGGAUAUCUUCGGGAUGCCGGGGUUGCUUGCGAAUAUGGCGGAGGGGAUGCUCUUGCCUCCGCCACAACGCAGCGGAGAUGGAUAUGGCAGCGCGGAUGACCGGAAUUUGGACGCAUACGUGUCAUUAUGGAGCCAUUCCAUCUAAUCACUUCUCAAUUCCACUUGUAGUUUUUGUUGAUAGGGAUCGACUUUGCUGCCGUACUUAUAA